UGUCAGUGCUUUGCGUUCAAUAGACACAUUUUAAAUGUAGAUAAGAUGUUUAAUACUGUAAAAGGAAACAUUCUUAAAAAUGUCAACUCUAAGAGACUGUCUAUAUAGUUGGCCUAGUCUUUUUAAUUUCCUACAAAAAUGAUGAUGGUAAAGAAAGUUAACUCAUGUUGACUUCCUAGAAGUUGGGACAAGGUGAACAGUUUCUUGGCAAAACAAAAUAAAUAAGAGCAGAGGAGGAGCUGAACUUUAGAAAAUAGAUGGAAUUGAAUACUGUAGUAGCUGUUUUUUUACUAGUAUUCUCAUGUUCUUGCUUACCCCUUUUUGCAAGAGGAAACAGUAUAAAGGCAGGGAAAUCAAUCACUGGUAAUGAGACACUGGUUUCAACUGGUGAAAGUUUUGCCUUAGGCUUCUUCACUCCUGGUAAUUCUACAAACAGCUACCUUGGCAUAUGGUACAAUACUAUCCCUGAACAAAAUGUCAUUUGGGUUGCCAACAGAGAAUCUCCAAUCCCUCAGAAUUCUACUGUAGUUUUCACUAUAGGUAUUGAUGGGAAUUUCGUGAUUGUUGAUGAAAAGGGUAAACUUAUUUGGUCAUCAAAUGUUACAUCCACCACAGGGGAAUUAGAAACUUCAAAUUCUACCGUGGGAGCGUUGUUAGAUAACGGAAACCUUGUUCUUAAACACGGUGAAUCCAACAUAUGGGCGAGCUUUGAGCAUCCUACCAAUACAUUAAUGCCCAGGAUGAAAAUUAGAUAUAACAGAAAGACAGGCAAACAAACCGUGAUCAAUUCAUGGACGAGUAAAGAAGAUCCCCGGCCUGGAAAUUUCUCUUUUGGAGUAGAUCCUGAAGGGCAUGACCAUUAUUUCAUUUGGAAUCACAGCAGUAUUUAUUAUAGAUUUGGCCGUGAAGACGAAUUCCCUCGGAGGACUCUACUAGGAGUUACAUGGCAUGCUGAUUAUGUUUCUAAUCGCGAUGAAAUAUCUCUUACUUUCGAUCAAAAUAAAGGCCCAUUAAUAAUAAGAGUCGUUUUGGAUCCUAGUGGGCAUUUCCUGGUGCAGCUAACUAUUCAGAAUAAUAGUAAUUGGGUUACUACAAUUCGGGAGCCACAAGUUGAGUGUGCAGUUUAUGCCUAUUGUGGUCCAUUUGGCAGCUGUGGGAUCUUAAGUGGACAAUGCAACUGUUUACCUGGAUUUGAACCCAGAUUUUCUGAAUAUUCGGAAAAUGAGAAGUGGAAUGAAGUUUGUAUGAGAAAAGUAGCAUUGGAAUGUGAUGGUGGAGACGGGUUUUUGAAACGUGAGAAUAUGAAGUUGCCAGAUCAUGCUAUCUCCAUAGGAAAUAUGAGCAGUAAAGACUGUGAAACUCGGUGCAUUAGGAACUGCUCCUGCUCAGCUUAUGCUUAUUCAAAUAGUAACUGUUUAAUUUGGUUUGGAGAUUUACUGGAUCUUGCAGAUAACUUCAAUGACAGUAGAGCUCUCUAUGUUCGAGUUCAUGGCUCUUUGCUAAGUAUGUUUACUUCUAACCUUAUCACUUUGUACGAACAACGAGUGAAAGAUCGUUCUAAUUAA